AUGAAUAAGUUGUUUAAAAGUGUGCACUCUUCGGACACUAAUAAAGACAAUUUAAUUAAAAAAUCAAUAACAGAUCACUUGUCAAAUAGUGUUAAAGCUAUACAAUACUGCGGAGUUGAAGAAAAUGGACUUAAUAAGGAGGACGUUACUGAAGCUUCAAACACCUUAUGUAUGACAAUCGAAGCCAUUUUUCUGCACGGCUUGAGAGACUCCUUGAGCAAAAGGUUCAAAAGGGCCAUUGCGGACGUUGACGAGAGGCCAGAGCCCAGCUUUUGGGCCCCUCUACUUGUCAUAUCACACCGCCAAAUUAUAGACCAGAUAACCCACCUAUCCCAGAUAACCAGCGAGGUGGGCCAAUGCCGGGCGUGGAUCCGCUUGGCCCUGAACGAUUGUCUUUUGUCUUCUUAUUUGAUGACAAUUCGACGUGACCCCAGCUCCUUGAAGUCUUUUUACCGGCCCACAGCCUACUUGCGCGACAGCGACCUCGUUGAUGUAGCCCAACGUUUGAUCGAAGGCGUCGAGGCCUUCAAAACCGUAACGUUACCUUGCAAUUCGAGCCUUUUAAACACUUGGCAAUUGCCUAGUCUCUUCCUUGCCGGCAUUUGGGCUCCAACUUUGAAGGCUUGUCCUGUAGCGCCUUGCGACGACGUGGCUCAAAUGGUUGAAGAGACUCGCACAGUUCCUGAAAGCAACUCCGAGACUUGUUCUUUGAGUUCGGCUAUGUCCAUAACAUCGCAAAAUUCGGGCUUGAAACAAAUGGUUGCGUUGAAUGAAGAUGAAGCUUUGAAGAUCAUUCUAGCCAAACAUAGAGACAAAAUUGAGAUAAAUAAAAGCGAGGAGAAUUUAAAAUCGUCGCUGUCGGAAAGCACAGACUCGGAAAAUUUGUAUACUGUGGGAAACUCGCUGAAUAGGAGGACUGGUUGGUCGUUCGACGACAGUCAACCUCAAGAGGAAAUCGAAGAGGCUGCGGCUAACCCCACCAAGGAGAUUCCCCCGGUUAUAAAUCCCGAACCCAAGUCGAUGGAAGGCAGUUUUAAUGCUUUGAUUGAAAGUUACAAUAUGUUGAGUGGCGGGUAUAUAAAAACUCCCGAUUUGAGGGAAGUUUGGCAGAAAUUCGAGGAUCACAAUAUCGGUGAAAUGGACACACCUAAUAAUAAUAAUGUGGGACAAUCAAGUGUCCUUUUGGCCAAAAGUGAAACACCACUAUCGACACUCAUUGGUCGAAUUAGUAAAGAGAAAGGUCUAGACAGACAGAAUUACGAGUGUGCAGGGUGUAGAGAAGCCUUGGGUGUUACCAUAAAACCCAAAGUUUGUGCUUUCACUGCCGAAUAUUUUUGCGAUUCUUGCAUGAGUGAGGAGGAAAUUUCAAUCCCAGCCCGAAUUAUACAUAACUGGGAUUUCAAAUCAUAUCCAGUCUCGCAGAAAGCUUUUAACUAUAUUAACGAAAUUAAGGACCAUCCUACUAUAGAUUUUAAAACUUUAAACCCUUAUAUUUAUGGAGUGGUUGAAGAAAUGGCACAACUCCAAAUCCUACGAAACCAAUUGAACUUCUUAAGAGCUUAUUUAUACACGUGUAGAGAGCCGGUUAUUGAACAGUUGCAGAAACAAAUGUGGCCGCGUGAAUAUAUGUAUGAACAUGUGCAUCAGUAUUCAGUUUCUGAUUUGGCUGAAAUCUCAAGUGGGGUUUUAGCGCAACAUUUACAGACUGUCGUUAAUUUUGGCAAAGAACAUGUGAUUGCUUGUUGGUUGUGUAGUCAGAAAGGUUUCGUUUGUGAAGUUUGCAACAAACCAAAAGCGUUGUUUCCCUUUGAUGUUGAACAUAUUUAUCGCUGUGAUGUUUGCAACGCAGUUUAUCAUAAAGGUUGCCUUAAUUCAACAAAACCAUGCCCGAAAUGUAAGAGGAGGAAGGAGAGGGCAGAUUUGCCUCUUCUUGGUGCUACAGUUGAAUAAUUUUCUGAAUUUAAAUAAAUUUAGUUUUUCAAUUU